ACCUCGAGACGUGAAGAUCCGUGAAAGAUUUUCCGGGAGUGAAAACCAGUGCUAAAGAAAAUAUUUUAAAAAAUUCGAAAAUCAAAUAAAAAACAUAAGAAAAUGCUAAAUAUGGAAAGUGCGAGUGUGGGCGGCGGUGCCAUGGCGGGUCUGAGCAAAUCCCUUACAACGCCCUUCUCCAUCAACGAUAUCCUCACGCGCAGCAAUCCGGAGGCGCGGCGUGUGUCCAGCGUGGACUCCGAGCCGGAACCAGAGAAAUUUCGACCCUCCGAUAGAUCCGAGCGAUCCACCUCCAAAUCCCCGCCUCUAUGCUGUCGCGAUCUUAGCCUGUACAAGUUCUCCAGCGCCAAGGAGAUGCCACCGAAUCCCAGGCAGCAGCAGCAGCAGCAGCAACAAACUGCAAAUUAUCUUCAAUAUUAUGCGGCGGCUUUAGAAAACAACAACAACAACAGCAGCAAUCAUCAUCACCAGGCAACCAUCCAACAAAAUCCAUCAAACUCCAGUGCCGCGGACUAUAUGCAACGUAAAUUGGCCUAUUUUGGGUCCACCCUUGCCGCUCCCUUGGACAUGAGGCGGUGCACCAGCAACGAUUCCGACUGCGACUCACCGCCGCCGCUGAGCAGUUCGCCCUCCGAGUCGCCGCUUUCCCAUGACGGCAAUGGUCUCAGUCGCAAGAAGCGCUCGCGGGCUGCCUUCAGCCAUGCCCAGGUGUUCGAGCUGGAGCGUCGUUUUGCCCAACAGCGUUACCUAUCCGGACCAGAGCGCAGCGAGAUGGCCAAGAGUCUGCGGCUGACCGAGACGCAGGUGAAGAUCUGGUUCCAGAAUCGCCGCUACAAGACCAAACGCAAGCAGAUCCAGCAGCAUGAGGCGGCUCUCCUGGGUGCCAGUAAGCGGGUUCCCGUUCAGGUUCUGGUCCGGGAGGAUGGCAGCACCACCUACGCCCAUAUGGCUGGGCCGGGAACGGGACAUGGUCUGGAUCCGGCGCUGAUCAACAUCUAUCGCCAUCAGCUGCAGUUGGCCUACGGCGGCCUGCCGCUGCCCCAGAUGCAGAUGCCGUUCCCGUACUUCUAUCCCCAGCCCAAGGUCCCACAGCCCAUACCACCGCCCACACAAUCCUCGAGCUUUGUGACCGCAUCCUCGGCUUCCUCCUCGCCCAUUCCCAUCCCAGGUGCCGUGCGUCCUCAGCGAACUCCCUGCCCCAGUCCCAACGAUCAGGGAAUGAAGAUGGAGAGUGGAGCUGAGGGCAAUAAUUCGGGGGCGGAGGAUAUGGACGAGAAUGUGGAAAUUGAUUGAAUUGGAAAGGAUUUGAGCGAAUGAGAAUUAUGUGCGAAUCCCGAGGCACGUUUUUGUGAUAGCCUUAGAAGUUGUGUUUUAGUCUCUAUGUCUAACCACUAGAUAGCCCAUAGCUUUAGUAGAUUUAAGUUUUAGUUGUACUUUGAGAGCUAAAUAAAAUAAAAUUGUAUAUGAAAAACAA